CUCCGCGGGUCCCCUGUCAGUCAUUGGCUCUCUGCGGUUUCCUUGGGGACGUGGCGCCGCCGGCUGCCCGGGCCUCCUUCCGGCUCGGUUAGAAGCUGCUGGGAGCGCCACUGGACCUAGCAGAACCGUGCUGAGGGACCUCGCUGGCGGUUCGACCGGCUGCAGACUUAGGAGAUGCCGAGGACGAGGAGACCACCUUUUCAAGGAAAAAGGAAAAGGAGGUGACAGGCAUUGAGACCACUGAAGGGAACCCAUGGCUAGGAUCAGUUUUUCCUUCCUCUGUCCAGCCUCCUGGUACUUCACUGUGCCCACAGUGAGCCCAUUUCCCCGGCAGCGGGUGGCAUUCCUAGGACUCUUCUUCAUAUCCUGUCUCCUUUUACUUAUGUUAAUCAUGGACUUUCGACAUUGGGGUGCUUCAUCACCAAGAGAUAGGCAAUAUGAAAGGUACUUGGCUCGAGUAGGAGAUCUUGAAGCUACUGACACUGAAGACCCAGAUCUGAAUUAUGGACUUGUUGUGGACUGUGGCAGCAGCGGCUCUCGGAUUUUUGUUUAUUUCUGGCCAAGACAUAAUGGGAAUCCUCAUGACUUGUUGGACAUCAAACAGAUGAGAGACCGAAACAGCCAACCAGUGGUUAAAAAAAUCAAGCCAGGAAUCUCUGCGAUGGCAGACACUCCAGAACAUGCCAGCGAUUACCUUCGUCCUCUGCUGAGCUUUGCUGCUGCUCAUGUGCCUGUGAGGAAGCACAAGGAGACCCCCCUUUACAUCCUCUGCACGGCGGGCAUGAGGCUUCUUCCCGAGAGGAAGCAGUUGGCUAUCUUGGCUGAUCUAGUGAAAGAUUUACCUCUGGAGUUUGACUUCCUCUUUUCUCAGUCUCAGGCAGAAGUGAUCUCUGGAAAGCAAGAAGGGGUUUAUGCAUGGAUUGGAAUCAACUUUGUUUUGGGAAGAUUCGACCAUGAAGAUGAAGCUGAUGCUGAAGCUCCCCAGGAAUUGGUGACAGGACGCAGAAGGACAGUAGGGAUACUGGAUAUGGGAGGAGCCUCUCUCCAAAUUGCUUAUGAAGUUCCUACCUCAACUUCUGUCCUUUCUCCACAAGAGGAAGAAGCUGCGAAGAUCUUGCUGGCUGAGUUCAACCUGGGCUGUGAUGUGCAACACACAGAACACGUGUAUAGGGUUUAUGUCACAACCUUUCUGGGUUUUGGGGGCAAUUUUGCCCGGCAGCGCUAUGAAGAUCUUGUAUUGAAUGAAACUCUUAACAAGAACAGGUUGCUGGGCCACAAGACAGGUCUGAGUCCCGACAAUCCUUUUCUGGAUCCCUGCCUGCCUGUGGGACUCACAGAUGUGGUGGAAAGGAACAGUCAGGUCCUACAUGUCCGAGGACGAGGGGACUGGGCGGCUUGUGGGGCCAUGCUGAGCCCCCUGCUGGCUCGCUCCAACACCAGCCAGGCCUCACUGAAUGGCAUCUACCAGUCGCCCAUUGACUUCAACAACAGCGAGUUCUAUGGUUUCUCCGAGUUCUUUUACUGUACAGAGGAUGUGUUGCGCAUUGGUGGCCGCUACCAUGGGCCAACAUUUGCCAAGGCUGCUCAGGAUUACUGUGGCAUGGCUUGGUCAGUACUCACUCAGAGAUUCAAGAAUGGCCUCUUUUCAUCACAUGCAGAUGAGCAUCGACUCAAAUAUCAGUGUUUUAAGUCGGCUUGGAUGUACCAAGUUCUUCAUGAAGGAUUCCACUUUCCCUAUGACUAUCCAAAUCUGCAGACAGCACAGCUGGUCUAUGACCGAGAGGUUCAGUGGACGCUGGGAGCCAUUCUGUAUAAAACACGCUUCUUACCACUCAGGGAUCUACGGCAGGAAGGUGUCCGACAGGCCCAUGGUAGCUGGUUCCGUCUCUCCUUCGUCUACAACCACUAUCUCUUCUUCGCCUGUAUCCUGGUGGUGCUACUGGCCAUCAUCCUGUACCUUCUGCGGCUACGUCGGAUUCACCACCGACAAACUCGAGCCUCAGCCCCAUUGAACUUGCUGUGGAUUGAGGAGGUGGUGCCCAUGAUUGGGGUACAGGUUGGGCCAUGAGGAUAGGCAGGUUCAAGGGAAGCUCACAUACCCCAGAAUUGCUGCCCAUUGAAUUCCACCACUUUCUGGUACUGGCCUCAGAUGCUGCUUUGCCUGACUUUAUGGAUAUCUGGCCUUGGAAUUUCUACUUCAAUAUCUACUUUAAUUCCUUCUCAAUAUCCAGGUCCUCUUCUCUGAAGAGAAGCUGUAAUUUAGUCUAUGAAGAACUAAAUGAGAGAUUGGUGCUAACAGAGGGGACCAACUUUCGUCCAAUUGAAGCCUGCUUCUACUUCUUUAUCUGAGAGAUCUGGUAUGCUCCUGGGAUCGAGACUUUUCUCCCCUUGCUUUAAGCAUGAAGUUCAGCAUUGGGCACGCUGGAAGCCUAAGCUGAAACCAAACUUGGAGCGUCUGAUUCAAAGCCGAAGACAUUCUACCAAGUGCAGCAGCCCCUUCUUUCUCUGUAACAGAGAUAUCAUUUAUGUGGAGAUCCACAGCCUUUAAUAGGGAUCCAAGAUUUUUGCAGAUCAGUGGAACAGAUAAGAAUUUCCAGGCAACCAAAAUAACACAACUUCUUUGCUUACUCGACAAAGAAGCCACUGUGAAUGUGGCUCAAGAUCCCUGACAUCCUGUAGCUGAUAUUAGUUAGAUUUUAAAAGGUUAGAACCCUUUCUAAAUGAAUGGUCCAGUGAAGAUUUUAACAAUAUAUUUUCUAAUGCCUCAUAUGACCAGAAUAGAAAACUUUUCCAUGUCUCUGUGGCUCCGAGGCUGUUUGGGCAUUAAUAUUUCUUUUUGAGCCUUAAGGGUGCUUAUAGGGAUGGAGAAACUGGGAUGGGGAUUGGAGACUUGGAUUUGUCUGGUUUCAGGUCACUGUCCUCUUGGCUUGUUUUUAUAAGUCCUUAUGUGGGAAGAUUCAAGAAGAGUUCUUUUAUUUUACUGCUAAAAUCAAUAUGUAGUUUGGGAAGGGAUACAUUUGGGUUGUUUUUAAAGAAGGAAAGAACAAUAUCAGGAGAGUGGGCCAAGGCAAUAAAAUCCAAACUCUUAUUUAUUGUUUUUCUGAGAAAUAGAAGUUUUCUCAGUUGGGCUCUUGGAAUAUUUGAAAAGAAGCAAAUCACAAACUUUGGAAUGGACAGAUAAAUCUGUUAAUAAUCCACCUGGCAACUUCCAGAAUAUUUCCUAAGAGAUUUCUCAGUCAUACACAGCAUUUCCAUUAAUGGGGAGAGAGGAAAAGCCAUAGUAAUUAUAUUUUUAUCCACUACCCUUCAGGAUCUUUGCUUCCUCUCUGCAUUUAGCCUUUAAAUUGCACAAGGAUUUCUUUUUCAUCCUCCAUGGAACCUUCUUUAUACUUUAAUCUUUCCUCUGUGUAGCCUUAAAUGUCCUGCUUAAGAAUAUGCUCCCAGAGUUAAAAUAGUUUUCUUAUUUUGUCAGCUUUGAGUUCUAGGAUUACAAGAGUAAGGGAAAAGUCCUUGACUUUAAUGGAAAAAAAGUGAAAUUCUUAAAAAAUAAAUUUCAUACUGAGAGUAGAAAGGAGUUAAGUGCUUCAUAAAACCAAGAAAAAUAAAUCCAGAUCCUCUUGGAAAUAAACUGAGAUGAAAGUAAGUAUACUUAAAGUAAGUGAAAAGAUGAUGAGUCUUGAAUCAUUUUCAAAUUAGAUAAAGAUGGAUCCAGCAGAGUCUGACAGGUUCCUUUGGAAGAACUUUUAACUUUUCAUUAGGGCUUAUGUCUCAGCAGUUUAAUUUUUAAGGUUUCUAAAUUGCCUUGAUUUUCUUUGACUUCUUAUCUUUGUGUCUGUACUGUGAGCGAGCCCUUGCCUUAUGAAUGCUGCUUAUAAAUAACAUCAUAGUAUGUUUUUGCUAGCCAUUGCCUACUCAGGCAACUCUUUUCCCUCACCUUCAUUUCCAAAUACUGUUUUUGGUUUUCUUAUUUUCUUGUGUGAUAUACUCAGUGAUCUUCUCCAAAGCUACCUAGCUGGCUAACAGUGAUCACAUUUGUGUGCUCAGAAUGAAAUUGAAGCAUGGAGGAGGUAGUGAUCAGUCCAAUUUGAAAGCUCUCAUUAAGUUAUUCUUCAUCCUGGUUAUGAUGAUAAUAAUUACCAUUUGCAAAGCGCUGAUUGUGUACCAGACACUCCGUUAGUAAUUUUAUGUAUGUUAUUUUAAUCAUCAUGACAACCUUUCAGAUUGGUAUUGUUCUUUUUAUAAUUGAGAAACUCAGGAUACUUGUUUAUCAUUUUUUCCAUAUAAACAUAUUUCUUAUUCUUAAUUUAUUUUAAUUAGUCUGAUUUUUUGUGUAUUUUAUCAUGUUUAUUAUUUUAAUAUUAUCUAGGCUUUAUUACAAUGAAUAAGGCAUCUGAGUUCCAUGGUAUAAAAAUAAGGACAAAUUUUUGUCAUACCCCUCAGAAAAACUGAGUAUUUUCUCUUGGUUCUUGCUCCUGUGCUUCUUCCAUUGCUCCCAAUUAAAAAUUUUAAAGGAAAUCUCAUUCACUAGAAACAGAAGCCAUUUAUCCCUUGCUGAGGAUAAAUGGUGAGGGCCAGUUACUUCUAUAUAUUGCUUUCUCAAAAUGAAAUAUUCUUGCAUAUAGAAUCACACAGCCUUAUCUUUUAACCCUCUUUUUGCCCUCAGUUUUUCAAGAUAUCUAUUUGCAUUUCUGCAUUCUGAGUGGUUUUCAUGUGAAAAUGAUUAUGAUUUCAUAAAAUUCACAUUCCACUAGUUUCUUUGAAUCUUGCCAAGCAAUCUUCCUUACAACAGUAACAGCAAGCCUGAACUAUUUUAGUGUUUUAAUAGGUCAGAAGUGUCAAAAUUUAGUCAGUGGUUUAUAGGAGUAAGGCUUAUUAUUCUUUAUGCAGGCACAACCCAUCACUUUUCUGAAUUCUUAUAAUGAAUUAUUCUUAUCACCUAAUUAUUUGGCAUUACAUUCACUUAAGUUGCAGUUAAUUCUAAUCCAGAUUUUAUUGGGUUGGUGCAAAAGUAAUUGUGGUUUUGCAUUUUUGAAAUUUGCUGUUUGAUAUUGCAAUACAUUCUUAAAUAUGGUUAUGUUAUACAUCAUUUUAAUGCACAUUUUUUGCUUUCUAUUUUUUUGAUAAUGACUUAUUACUUGCUGUUUAUUUUAAACUAGGGAAAUGAUGUUAAUUAGACAAAAAAGCAAAUUGGAGCAAUUCUUUUAUUCAAGUUGAAAAUGAGUUGUAAAACAGCAGAGACAACUUGCACCAUCAACAAUGCAUUUGGCCCAGGAACUGCUAACUAAUGGACAGUGCAGUGAUGGUUCAAGAAAUUUUGCAAAGGAGACCAGAGCCUUAAAGACGAGGAGCGCAGUGGCUGAACAUUGGAAGUUGACAGCGACCAGUUGAGAGGAUCAUCAAAGCUGAUCCUCUUACAACUACAUGAGAAGUUACUGAAGAACUCAGUGUCAGCCCUUCUAUGGUUUCGCAUUUGGCCCUGGCAGCAAAUUGGAAAGGUGAAAAAACUCAAUAAGUGGGUGCCUCAUGAGCUGACCACAAAGCAAAAAUUUCGUUUUAAAGUAUUGUCUUCUCUUAUUCUAUGCAACAACAACAAACCAUUUCUCAAUUGUACUGUGAUGUGCGAGAAAAAGUGGAUUUUAUAUGACAACUGGUGAUGACCAGCUAAGUGGUUGGACUGAGAAGAAGCUUCAGAGCACUUCCCAAAGCCAAACUUGCACCAAAGAAAGGUGGUCUGCUGCCAGUCUGAUCCACUACAGCUUUCUGAAUCCCAGAGAAACCAUUUCAUCUGAAUAGUAUGCUCAGCAAGUCGGUGAGAUGCAUCAAGAACUGCAACACCUGCAGCAGGCAUUGCUCAACAGAAAGGGCCCAAUUCUUCUACAUAAGAAUGCUUGACUGCACAUCGCACAACCAACACUUCAGAAGUUGAACGAAUUGGGCUACAAAGUUUUGCCUCAUCUCACCAUAUUCACCUGACCUCUCACCAACCACUUCUUCAAGCAUCUCAACAACUUUUUGCAGGGAAAAUGCUUCCACAACCAGGAGGCGGCAGAAAAUGCUUUCCAAGAGUUUGUCAAAUCCUGAAGCAUGGAUUUUUAUGCUACAGGAAUAAAUUAUUUCUCGUUGGCACAAUGUGUUGAUUAUAAUGGUUCUGAGCUGUUUGAGCUUGUAAUGAUUUAAAAUUCACGGUCUGAAACCACAAUUAAGUUUGCACCAACUUAAUACCAUCUCUCUAUACUUUAGCUCCUUGAAUUGAUUUUCCUUGGUCUAGGAAAUCUUAAUCACUUCCCACCAACCUUCUAUUUAUUCUUCCAAUAUUAUCCAAAGUAUUCUGCCUCUGUCCUCCUUAGCCCAAGUGCUUUCUUUGACUUCAAAGGCCUUGUUGUUCAGUCGCUAAGUCAUGUCUGACUCUCUGCGACCCCACGGACUGUGGCACAUCAGGCUCCUCUGUCCUCCACUAUCUCCCCAGUUUGCUCAAAUUCAUGACCAAAGGCUUUAAGCAAUGAUUAUCAAAAUGUGGUUGACUGAGUCUGCCAUGCAAUUGCUAAGCUAGUCAUUUUAGGCAUUAACAUUUAUUAUCAUGUCCAUAUUUAUAUUUUUGAGGUACAGUAACAUCUCACUGGUUAUGGAUUCUAGCCCUGGCUUUGUCAUAAUGUAGCUCAGGAACCCCAGGCAAGUCACCUGCCCUCUCUGGUUCGUUUUUCAUCUAUGACCAGCCAAGAUGAUUGGAGGCCAGUUCCAAAGGGAGAACAGUUGGCAUAAGGAACUAAAGGCAGAGAAGUGAUAGAGUAGUUUCAGGAAGAGGGCUGUGGCCCUUGGUUUAGACCAGGCUGCCCAGAAGAACCAAUGGUCAGGUCAUCUCUUACUUUACUCAUAACUCAUGAAAUAAAGGUUAGUGGGAAUGGAGUUUCCAAAAGCAAUCACAAUCAGAGAAGGAGAUUUUUUAAAAUUGAAACUUAAGAUUUGUUACCGCUGGUGAUUUUAUGGAUGAUAAAAAUGACACUCAGAAUGUAGUAAUACAUGCAAAUAAAAUGCUCAUUGAUAGAAUCUUCUUGGAAGACUGUGUUUCAACAGAAUAUAUAUAAUAUAGCUGACUGCAGCUAAUCAUGCUCGAUCUUUACAGUUGUUUCUGAUACUCAUUUGUGGUUGCUCAUAUUUAGGAAUAAAAUAUGAAAUACUUUGUCAGAAAUAUUAUCAGGUUUUCAGUACAUCUAUUCUUUAGUUAAUAUAUCCAAGCAACUCAUGCUAUGAUUUUACCAUCUAAGUUUUUUAAGGUAUAAAUCUUUAUUAGAGCUACUUUAAGGAACUUGGUUGUAUUUAUGGGGCAGUUCCUAGACUCCCUUACCCAGUGUGCCAUUUCUUUUUGCUGUUUUUAAACUUCUUUCAAACCAAUUCAGAACUAGUAUCUAAUUUUCCUUUUUGCUGUGGUAUGCAAUGAAACUUCAAUUGGAAUUAAGAAUUAAGGUAAAAGUAGUAGCAGAUGUUUCAAAUUCUCCCAAACUAGUCUCAGGUUAUGCUCAUUUCAUAGUCCUGCACUAGGGCCAUAUGGUCGGUCAAACUUGCAAGGAUUUGUUGGUAUUACAAAAAAUAUUUGUUAAAAAGACUUAAAAAAAAAUCCACAUAGACUUCUUAUAUUAGUACAUUAGUAUAUAUUACUAAUGUAAUACUAGUGUAUGUAUACUAAUAUAUUAGUUUCCUUUCCCCUCUGAUGUUUCACUAUUUCUCAGUACCAUUAUUAGAGGGACAGAGGAGGAAUACAUUUGUUGACUUUCUCUGGAAAUCUGAGCAAUAGUAUCGUUUUAUUUGGAAAACUGAACCAUUACCCAUACUACAAGGGCUUUCUACUUUCAAAAUGUAUUCAAUUGUUGCUUGCCAUUUUUAUGAAGGCCAAAGUUGAAAAAAUUUGAGAAUCCCAGGAUGAGUAUAGCCAUGCAUGCAUGAUGACUUCAGGCAAGCUGAGGCUCUCCUUUUUAAGUAGUGCAGCCACUCAUAGGUCUUCUGGCAGCUGAUCCCUUGUCUCCACUUCUCCAGGUAAGGCAGCCCUGCGACCCCUCCUACAGAGCACCUGCCAGUUGAGCCUGUUAGAACUGCUGGUGGUGAAGGCUCUGCCCCCAAUUAGCUUCCUAAGUCUUUCUCUGCAAGCAAGAAUCACAACCACUUUGAUUUCUGGAAUUUGUUGUUGUGUUUGAAAUUUUUAUUCUACAACCCCCCUUUAGCUGAAGCCUUCAAGAAUACACCUUGUCUCCUCCAUGAUUUCCGCCUUGAGCAUGGGAUCCUGCAGUGCUGAAAGGCAUCUUUUUAUUACGACCCUCAAUGAAAAACUCCCUUCUUGCUUUCAAAAACCAAAGGCUGCCUGCAUGGCAUUAUUUUAGGUGGGUGGCGGGUUGCUAAGUUUGUAUGUUUUUCUAACACAUCAUUAAAUAAUAGUUUUGCUGAACAGUUAUUGAAAUUCUGAUACUGUUAAGUCAGUGUUGAACAAAAUACACAAUGCAUAUUAGAGAGGGGAUGCACUGUCCCUUAUGCAAGGACAUGGGUAUAUAUGUACAUAUACCAGUAUACAACCACCAUCAUGCCAGGACCGUAAGAAUUGCUGCAGAUAAACUGGUUAUCCUACUACUGUGAUCAUCAGUGUUGGUCUUUGCAGCCAGCAUCACUUUGUUGUUGUAAGUUGUUGUUGGACUCUUGCAAACCUCAUGGCCUGUAGCCUGCCAGACUCCUCUGUCCAUGGGAUUUCCCAGGCAAGAAUACUGGAGUGAGUUAACAUUUCCUUCUCCGGGGGGUCUUCCUGACCCAGGGAUUGAACUCAAGUGUCCUGUGUUGGCAGGCAGAUUCUUUACCACUGAGCCACCAGGGAAGCCCAGCAUCACUUUAAGCAGUGGCUAAUAAUGACCCUUGCCACAAUGGACAGCAUUUGUCAACGGAAGUUAAAGACAAAAGAGAGAUUCUGCAUUAAUUAAGAAAGCCAGGUAUUUUAAUUUCCUUUGGUAUUUUAAAACUGACAGGAUUGUUGGCUUUUGAAAAUAUUAAGGGAAAUUCAUUUCAUCUUCUGGGCAUGAUGACUUAAUUUGAAAGCAGUGUCUGCGACAUCAGUCUGUAAUCAUCCAUUUUCCAUUUAUUCAUACAGUAUUUGGUGGUAUGUGUCUGGUGCUGGGAAUAAUGCAAACAAAAUAAUUCAGAUAAUAUCCACUCACCAGGAGCUCAGAGAUGGGCAUUAAUAAAGUUAUAUUACUAAAUGCAAUCAGAUCUGUUUUUCCAAACUUAACUCAUCUUUAAUAAAAGAAAAAAAAAAAUGAAGUAAAACAUCUU